CUCAAGAGAUGUGCUCAAAGUUAAUUGUAAACUAUGAUGGAAUCUACGUUUGUUAUAUUGCUCUCACUGUGUACUCCAAUUCUAGGAUUCUCCUUCAGUAACAACACUACAGACGUUAAUUGUCAGAACAGUGAUGACUGUAGCUCGGGCAAAGUGUGUGUAGACUUUAAGUGUGAUGAUCCUUGCCUUGGCGGAUGCGGGCCUAACACCGUCUGCCUAACUGUCAACGAAGUCUCUAUGUGUGCCUGUAAACCUGGUUAUAUUGGCCACCCUUUCCAUGAAUGUUACCCAAAAGAAUGCAUGGUUAACUCGGAUUGUCCCGAACAAAAGGAGUGCAGGGACCAACGCUGUGAGGAUGCCUGUAAAGACGCUUGUGGACCAAACAGUAUUUGCAAAGGCAUAAAACAUCGUCCAAUCUGCUCUUGCAUUUCAGGAUAUUUUUGGAAACCGUUGAUAGGAUGCCAAAUUAAAAAUUGCACGAUGAACUCGGAUUGUCCCGAGGAGAAGGCAUGCAUCAACGAACACUGUGAGGACCCUUGUAAAGACGCUUGUGGACUAAACACCAUUUGCAAAGUUAUCAAACACCGGCCUAUCUGUUCCUGCAGUCCAGAACAUGUUUGGGAUCCUUUAAUAGGGUGUCAAGAGAUCAAAGAGUGUGCAAUAGACGAGGACUGCCCCUCAAAUCACACAUGUAAUAAUGGCGAGUGUGCUGAAACUUGCAAUGCAGUCUGUGGCUUAAACACUAUCUGCAUUAUCAAAAACAAUCAUGCUGCUUGCUCCUGCAAGCCCGGAUUCGUUGGCAACCCUUUUCUGAAGUGUGUAGAUAAAAGUACUACAGAAUUACGGAAGAAGUACUACAUUGGAAAAGAAAAGGUGGCGUGGAUAGCUGCUAUUGAACAAUGCCGCAGUAAGGACAUGUAUUUAGCUUCCAUUACAAGCCCGUCAGAACAGGCCGAUAUAAAGAGAGCAUGCAAUGAAUCAGGGAUAUCAGGGUUAGUGUAUGUAUCUGGAUCUGACCUGGGCUCAGUAGGUGAGUAUGUGUGGAGCUCUACAGGGAAACGUUUGUUGUAUACAAACUGGAAAUCUGGAGAGCCAGAGGUCUCGGAUGUUUAUCCAUGCGUAACGUUCAGUACCUCAGAUUACAAAUGGCAAACAAGAGGAUGUACCUUUAAACGCUACUAUGUCUGUGAAUAUUUUAGAAGUUAAUUUAUCAUAAAGCUAUACUGAAUAUUCUAUUGAACAUAUGAUAUGAAAAAUCCAACGGUAUAUCAAAGAAUGUUUUACAAAGUACUGUAUUCCUGUAUAUGCCUUCUCACUUUAUUAUACAUUGUGUAAUUUGUUAUUCUUAAACCGAAAUUAUUAUGACUGUUUGGAAUGUUAUACCUUUCUUAAAAUAUAUAUAUGUAUUAUAUAUAU